GGCCCUGAGCAAACAUCACUUGGCCCUGGGCACUACUUGGUGUCGCGGGCUCGGGCCAGCACUAAAGCUCCGACCCUCGAUGUGGGCGACGAUGCGGCGCCGCUCAGCCUGGCUGGGGUCGCUGCACUGCACCAGGGCGCGGAGAAGACAGCCGAGGGGCGGAGCGGCGCGUGCGCACAAGGGAGCCGCGGGAAGUUGGAAACCGGCAGGCUGCGCGACCAGGUGGCUGCCCCAAGGAGACAGCCGGGGCAUGGGCCCGGCUGUCGGUUUGGCGCGGCGGCUGCGGACGGCGCUGCAGGAGGAGGAGUUGCGGACUGUGGAGGACUUGCUGCGCCGUGGUGCCGACCCCAAUCUGGUACUCGAGGAUGGCGCGGCGGCCAUGCACCUGGCGGCCAGAGCCCAGCACCUGCGGAGUCUGUGUUGCCUCGAGGCCCUGCUGCGCCGAGGCGGGGACCCCAACGCUCGAUCGGCCGAGGCACUGACACCCCUGCAUGUGGCCGCUGCCUGGGGCUGUCGCCGGGGCCUGGAGCUGCUGCUGAGCCAGGGAGCGGACCCCGCGCUCCGCGACCAGGACGGACUCCUGCCUCUGGACUUGGCGGAACAGCAAGGGCACCAGAACUGUGCCCGUGUGCUUCGGGAGCUGGAGACUCGGACCAGGGCCCCAACCCGGACCUGGAAAGGCUCCCGGAAGCCAGAACCUGAGCCAGAGCCUGGAGGCCGAGGCCCUUGUGAAAAGGGGCUGGAUACCAGCCUCUCCGGUCCUCCUAAUGUGAUGCUGAACUCUACAACACUGGGCACAGGUAACGGCAAGGACGUGAGCCUGGAGGCUGGCCCUGGACCCCCCAGCCUGCUUGCCCACCCGGAGACUGCUGACACAGAUGGUGGAUUGGAGUCCCCACUGGGGCGCUGGGACUGCAGCUCGGUGACCUCCUUUGUCACUGCUGUUGAGGCCUCGGGAGCUGAGGAUCUAGCUGGCCACACCUCCCCCUGGGCUGGUGUCCGACUCUCCCAGAGGGUGCCAAGAUCUCUGGGCACCCUACAGCUGGCACAUCAACCCCUCAUGGAGGACAGGGAGGCAGAACUAAAUGCCCAUCUGCAGGCCCUGACUCUGACCUUGCCGGAUGAUCCCCCCUCCCCUCAGUUCUUCCCAGACAGAAGCUCAACCCAUACUCCCCCUUGGGAACUGCUGCCUGGACCUUCUGACACCCACAUCCCAAGAGAGGACCAGCUAUCCCCCGACAGUGAUUUGGCUGCCCUCUGGCUGACAGAGGAUGAGGCAAGCGCCACAGGGGGCAGGGACCCCAGCCCCUGUGACCAGUGUCCACCAGACCCUACCAUAUCUGACCUGGAGCUGCUGCAAGGGCUCCGGGCGCUUGGCAAGAGCCCAGGUCCCAUCACGUCCUUCACCCGGCCACACUACCUCCGACGGCUGAAAGAAGCCCAGGCUGCUCCUGGCCCAGAUUUUUCAGGGCACAGCCCAGAGCUGGCCGAAGCCCUGCGGACAGGCCGUAUCCCAGAUGCCCAAGCCGAUGAAGAUGCACUUGUCCAGCAGUUCGAGCGGCCAGACCCCACCAGACGGUGGCGGGAGGGGGUCGUGAAGUCCAGCUUCACAUAUCUGCUGCUGGACCCCAGGAAGACUCAGGACCUGCCAGCCCGAGCCUUCUCACUGAGCCUAGCUGAAUGCCUUCGGACUUUUGUCCAGGCCAUCUUCUACGUGGGCAAGGGAACACGGGCCCGGCCGGACACUCAUCUCUGGGAGGCCCUUAACCACCGAAGACGGCCAGGAAAACAGGCCUGUCCCAAGGUACGCCAGAUCCUGGACAUUUGGGCCACUGGUCGUGGCGUUGUUUCCCUGCAUUGCUUCCAGCAUGUGGUCCCUGCAGAGGCUUACACUCGAGAAGCAUGUCUUGUGGAUGCUCUAGGAAUCCAGAUGCUGACUAACCAGAAGCAAGGACAUUGCUAUGGAGUGGUGGCUGACUGGCCCCCCACCCGGCGCCGCCGCUUGGGGGUACAUCUGCUGCACCGUGCUCUCCUUGUCUUCCUGGCUGAGGGUGAGCGAGAGCUACGGCCCCAGGACAUCUAGGCUUGUGCCUGGGCACUAGGGAAUUGGCCAUUUAACCUAAGUAGAGAUCAGGGUGUUUGAACGUUUCAGCUGCCCCUGCAUUGAGAGCAGUGCCGCACCCCCCCUGCCCCCCACUGCCCUCCCAUCUCCAGCUCCAGAAGGCUGGUAAGGGAGCAGCAAGACAGAUCUCCUCCUUGGGGUAAGGGAGGACUUUAUUACAGGUGGAACUGCUGGAUAGGUAGUGAGCUCCCUGUCAUGGGAGGAGAACAAGUCAACCAGAAGUUUCUUUGGAACAUGGUGCUUUGACAAUGUCAGUGCUUUGGCAGUUUGGUCCUAUCUGAGCAAACAAGUGACCAUUUUUAUCUCCCUGAUACAGAGGACCCCCAGUGUAGGUUGUGCUGGGGGUUCCUGAGCUACAUGCAGGGAAUCUGCCCAGCUCAAGAGUCAAGUUUCUCUGCUUCCCGGCUGUGGGACCUUGGACCAGUAAUUUCUCUGUCUGAGCCUCAAUUUCCUAAGUUGUACACAAUGAGGAAAGUGCAAAAUUCUACCUCAGGGGGACAUAGAGGGAAUCAGAUUAAACUGUCAUGGGGGAAAAAAAAAAAACAAAAAAAACCG